UGGCCGUGCAAGUGGAGGUCCCAUCGGCUAACGCCAUUUUGCAUGCUGCCGUGGUUGGCGGGAAGGCUGCGUAGACUCGGAAAUCCGAGGACGCCGCAGUUCUCGAGAGAGAGCUGCUGAGGAGGCGAAGACGGGGUGCGUGUCGUCGUACUGGGUGGCGGCAGGGCAGCGCCGGUUGCUCGAUUGCACGUGAGCUGACUUUAGAGCUUGUGUUGCUCGCUACUGAAUCAUUAAGUCCGAGAGAGGAGAGAAAGCGGAGAUAGCGAGAGAGGGAACGAGUGCUUAGAGAAGGAAGGAGGUGGCCAGUUCCCGCCUACAGAGGGGAACUGGUGAUGACGGAAGAUAGAAGAGUUGAGAGCAUGGAGGAGGCGGGAAGCGAGUUGAGGUGCUGAGUAAUUGCGGGGAAUACAGCGGCAAUCGAAAAGGGGAAGAGGAAGUGGGCCUGAAGGGGCGAUUGGUCUCGUGGAAAAGGAAGGGUUAAUUAUAGAAGGACGACGGUGAGGGGGGUGGGUGGAACUGCGUUGAUUUAGGUUGUGUAGCCUGCUUUGCAGGCAUGGAGGUUUUGAACAGAUUGAAGAACUGGGACGCUUACCCGAAGAUCAAUGAAGACUUUUACAGUCGAACCCUGUCUGGAGGGGUUAUCACUAUCGUUUCCUCGAUCUUUAUGGUCGUCCUCUUCUUCACAGAGCUACGGAUAUAUCUACACACGACAACAAACAAUGCGCUGUUUGUGGACACCUCGCGGGGUGAGACACUGCAAAUCAAUCUGAACAUCACCUUCCCUCAUCUGGCGUGUACUGUGUUGAGUUUAGACGCAAUGGACAUCAGUGGUGAGCAGCAGCUGGAUGUGGUGCACAACAUAUUCAAGAGGAGGUUGGACCCCACCGGUGUACCCAUUGAUACAGCGACGAAGGAUGUUAUUGGAGGCGAGGUGAUAGAGAAACCAAAGGACAAACAUGGGCGAGAGUUCCUGCCAAAUGAGACCUACUGUGGCAGUUGUUAUGGGGCAGAGGAGAGCUCAGACCAGUGUUGCAACACCUGUGAUGCGGUCAGAGAGGCGUAUCGGAAGAGGGGAUGGGCCUUCGCUCAACCGGAGCUUGUAGAUCAGUGCAAUCGAGAGGGGUUUCUCACAAGGGUGAAGACCCAAGCUGGAGAGGGCUGCAAUGUUUAUGGCUUCCUGGAGGUGAACAAAGUGGCUGGGAACUUCCACAUUGCACCAGGAAGGAGCUUUCAGCAGGCACAUAUGCAUGUGCACGACCUUGUCAUUUUUGAAAACCAGCAGUUCAACAUCUCACAUACAAUCAACAGUCUGAGCUUUGGAGCCCAUUUCCCUGGUGUUGUCAACCCCCUUGACGGGGAGGUAAAGAUUCAAGCGAAAGGUAGUGGGAUGUACCAGUACUUUAUUAAGGUGGUGCCUACCAUUUAUCGGGACAUCCGUGGAGCUGUCAUAUCAACCAAUCAGUUCUCUGUGACAGAGCAUUUUAGACCCGUGGAAGUUGCCUCGAGCAGGAGUUUGCCGGGCGUGUUCUUCUUUUAUGAUCUCUCUCCCAUCAAGGUGAAAUUCACCGAGGAGCGCUCAUCUUUUCUUCAUUUUCUCACAAAUGUAUGCGCCAUUGUUGGAGGUGUGUUCACGGUAUCUGGGAUAAUAGACGCGUUUAUCUACCAUGGCCACAAAGCCAUCAAGAAGAGAAAGAUGCAGCUUGGAAAACUCAACUAGGACGAGGGUUUUUGACAGUUGGGGAGUGCAGCAAACAACUCGGUCAGGAACGUGAAGGUCGGGAAGGAAGUGGGGAGGACACUAGAUUGACGUGGAGAGCUUGGAGCUCUGGCUAGUAAAGGAAGCUCUCUCAAGUUUGUUUUGACGGUCUGGGGUCAAAUGCAUCAAGUCUUGCUAGGGCAUGCGGUUACCCGGGGCUCCGAUGUUGGCUUUCUUUCUUUCUUUUCUUGUUCGUUUCUUGUGGUAUAAUUUGAUCAGGGUGUUGAAGUUGCGGUUGAGUGCAGCAAAGGGAGACUGAAGUUGGAACGGCGAGCGGAAGAGGUUUGGGUGUCCGAUAAAUGGAACGAGUUUCGUUUUUAGUGUUUGCGGCAAACUUUAAAAGAGCGGUUGGGAGGAGGGAAAUAGAGAAGGGUGGGGCUGUGUGCAGAAAGGGGCUGUGGAGGAGUGUCCUCCGCUGUGUGAUUGAUGAUUCGUCUUCGUCGCGUCCAGCAGGUGAGAGCAUUCGUGAUGGAUUUCAUUGCAUUCGUCAAUCACUGAAAAGGGGUUAGGAAAGGAAAGAGAAUAGCGACGAUGGGUUGGCGAAAGGGGGUGCUGCAGAGAAGCAUAUCAUUCAGUAGUGAAUUCUUGACAUUAUCUCCUCCCCUCCAGUAAGAGGAGGUAGUGAUGAAUUGCAUUGCGUUCGGUUUAUCGUGAUGAAUGAAUGUUCCUCUCUUCUGUGAGAUGCACUUUCCUUAGAGUGUGCAAUGACCUCAGUGAUCAAUCGUCUCCACUUUGUUUGCUAUUAUGUGCAAAAGAUCAAGAAGGGAAAAAAAAAAAGCCAACAACAUCGUUGGUGUGCGUGGCAUGUCUUACACAGCAAGCUGUUCUUUCCCAGCUCAAUUUCAGCCCAUGCCUGGGUUGUUAAUGUCGAAGCAUCAAAAGCCAGAAUGUACACUCCAAGGGAAGGCAGGAUCUUCCGAGUUGCCUGUCAUCCUUGCAGAGGGGUCUUCCCUUGUGUCUCGGCCAUUCCCAUCAUCCCAGAGCAAUCUUCCGCAUCUCAAUUAUAAUUAUAUACCACCCUUCCCCUCAUGGCAUCAGUGUGUCAAAUGUCUUCGUCCAGUCUUUAGCCGUUUUCAUUUGAUGGAGCUUGUGCGUGGCAACUCCAGGGCUGUGCAGAUGCGCAUUCUCGAGGAUUUGCCUCCUGUAGAGCUUUCCGGAUGUAGGCUUCAGCUUAACUGCAUCUCAUGCUGCUUGUGCUUGGCAGGUUUAGCCUUUCACGGCUCUGCGCCGGUGCGCAUCUCGAGGACUUGCCCCUGUAGAGCUUUCAGGAUGUAGGCUCCGGUCUAUACCACAUGUAUGGAACUUGGUUCUCUCACUUGCACCAGGGAAAAUUCCAGCAGCAGUUAUGACAAGCGCAACCCUGCGCAGGUGUGCUGCAGGAUAUCUGUGCAGAAAUCUGUUGGUUUACCUGAAUAGCACUCCGAGGGUGAUUCGCUGAUGUACAUCCCCCAGGCUUUUUCCUUGUAGUCCUGAAUGCCCCCACCACCUUUGAGAAGGAUCGUGUAAAUCUAGCUCAGGAAGGCAUUGUGCAUGGAAAGUGGAGGAAAGGCUUCAGGGUCCUGCAUGUCCUCGAGAGAGGUCUUGUUGUGGUCUGGUGGUAGUCCGUCUGUCCGCUCCUUCCAACAUACUAUGGUUUAUUGGCCACGGGCCGUGUAUUUGACCUCAACUGGGAUUGUUUGGCCGUCCGAUGUAAGAUUUCUUUUACGGCGGCCGCCGUUCGUCGUUGGACUUUGGAUGGGCCAACGUGAGAUGUGCGAUGUAAACAUGUUUACUGAGUCAUUCGUGAGUUGCGGCGGGGCGUGCGAUGUCCUUCUCCGUGUUUGUUUUGUGUUGUGCUUUUUCUUUUUCCCUUUAUUCCUCUUUCGUUUUCAUGUUGAUGCGUGAAGGACAGACCAGGGCUCAAGUCCACCAUUUGCAAUGCCGCUAUUGCGGAACCUG